AUAUAACGUAACAAGCAUGAAGCGAGUUCACAGUACAGUGAGAGCGGUUACCUACAGCGGUGUUUUUUUUAUAAUCUUUUAAUAUUAAUAAUGUUUCGCGUGUCGGUCUGUCUGCUGGCGGUAGUCUCCUGUGGGGCCAGCGUUUUUGCUGGAGUACUACCGCCGUUCCUCAAGGCUUGUUCAGCGUCAGACCCCAAUCUGAACCAAUGCGUGGAGAAGGUGAUAUCAGCUGGGGGCGGCAAGUUCGCGAAGGGCAUUCCGGAGCUUGGCAUCGCUUCGCUGGACCCCGUGCAUUUGGGCAAGGUGGUGGUGGACAACCCGGCUCUGAAGCUUACCUUCGAUGAUACCGUCGUGACUGGACUUGGAGACUUUAGGGUCAACUCUUAUAAAAUUGACACUGAGAAGGGCAAAGCGAUCCUGGACUUCACUGCAAACGUGACUUUGAAAGCUAACUACGACAUGGAUGGACAAGUCCUUAUCCUACCCAUCAGAGGCAACGGACAGGCCAAAAUCAAAAUUACAAACCUGAACAUCGUCAUUAAGUACGAUUACAAAACAAUAGACGGUUAUUGGACGGUCACCGGCUACAAGGACAGCUACAAAAUGGAGCGCGCGCAAUUCAAAUUCACCAACCUCUUCGGUGGGAACAAGGAACUAGCAUCUACAAUCCAGAGAGUAAUCAACGAGAACUGGGAACCAGUAAUAAGAGACAUAGCCCCAGUGGCAUUUGAGACGAUCAUCGCUGCCUGCGUAAAUGAAGCCAAAAAACUAUUUGCUGCUGUGCCCGCUAAUGAACUUCUUUUGCCUUGAUCAUACAAUAGCAAUUUAAAAAAUUUGAUGGAAUUGGCAAAUUUAUUUCAUUCGAUUUUUAAUCUACGCUUAAACCGCCGCUUAUUGCCGCCUAUAUCGUAAAAUUAUUACAAUUGUUGAUAUUUUAAAGGCGACGGUUUGUUUGAAGAAAAUUUGUCUUUAAAUGUUUCUUAUAUUUUUUAAUCGUUUUGACUGAACUCGUAAAUUUGAAGUUAUUUAAAUCGCAAAAUAAUAGCGAAAUCACGUAAUCUAAAAUUAAGAUGAAAUGACGUACGCCUACCUAUUUAUUAUAAAUAAAUUAAUAUUUAAGAUCUGAAAUAACACAACACUGUUAAUUGUUCACAUUAAAAUACAAUUAACGUUUUUUUGUAGCAAGUUGUACAAUUACCAGGCAAAGGUUUAUUGCCCAAAACUCGAAAGGUCAGUUGCAUGUUUCCGUAUCGAUAUUGCAACUUCCUAUGUGUUGUAGGUUGAAAGUACCUACAUGAAGUAAUGUGUAACUAGGCAUCCUUCCUUUUUGCUUCAAUAUUAGAUACUUGUAACGCAAUAAUUAAUGCAACUAAAACAAUGAUUGCAAAAACAAUUACUAGAAAAGUGUAGAUGUAUGAAUCUAAUAUUUACUUUUGUAUUGAUUAAAAUAUUGAAUUCUAUUGUCAGAAUUGAACUACAAUGUCAUAGAAUCCCAUUUGCAUUUUAUAUUAUUAAGAUUCUUGUUUUAAUUUUAACCUAAGUAUUUAUACAUUUAUUUUUAAAACUGUCUCAUUUCCCUUCUCAUCAUAAAUUAGUUUAUAGACUUCCGUAAGACAUGAAACCUAAUAUUACAAUAAUAGGAAAAGUAAUUAGUAUAAGGUUUCAAUUCAUUUGGAUAAGUAACUUAUUACAUAUUACACUUCCAUAUAAUACAAGCCUUAGAUUACAAGAUAUGCUAAGAAUUAAAAUAGUUUUUACUCUGUGGCCAAGUACAAUUACAGGUGUAAUCUUUUUGUUUUAAUAGACAGAUUAUCAAAUUAUACAGCCAAUUUAACCCUACACUGUGCUUGCAAUUUUUUCAAUAUAAAAAAUACUAAAUCACUUUUAUCAUUUGAUUAUUUUCUGAAUAUUGACUAAAUAUGUAGCCAAAGAGUGAGGUGUAGAUUGUAGACCUUAUAUAUAUUUUAUGUAUCGUUAAAUAUAUAAGAUCAAGAUAAUUACUUUAGUUCUAAGAAUCCUAACUUUGUCAACAUACACUCUGAUAAAAAGUUUUGUGAUAAUCAUGUUACAUUAAAAAUUAAUAAAAUUUUGUAAUAAA